CAUGCCGUGCGGUGGCGCAUGUGCAGUGUGGGCCUCAGUAGAGCGGCGGCGAGGGGGGGGGAUUCUGCUAAUUCCAUUGUGGAGCGGAGUCGGCGAUAUUUUUAACUGGAGGCGGCCGUAAAAGAGAACAGCGGCGGAGGCGAAGGUUGGGCCGGGUGGGGCCGAGCGACGACGAAGGAUGCGCCCGGCUGGCGGCUGCCGGGCGAGCGGGCGCUGAAGAAGGGCCAGAGAGAGAGCGAGAGGAGAGCGGGCCGGCCGGCCAGCCAGACAUCAGCCGGCGGGCGGGUGAGUGAAAAGCGAGCGGCUGCGGUGUCCGGCAGCCAGAGCAGCCACCGCUGAGGGCCGCGCCUCCUCAGUCUCGCCCUUCCCGGCUGCGCCGCCGCUGCUGCUGCUGCUUUCCCCAUCCCCCGAGGGAAGAAUAUGAAACUGGGCAGCGGCUUCUUGGGCGGCGGCGGCUCCUCCAAGAGGGCGGCGAUGGAGCCCACCUUCCCCCCCAGCAUGGUCAUGUUCAACCACCGUCUGCCGCCCGUCACCAGCUUCACCCGCCCGGCCGCGCCCCCCCAGCAUUGCGGCCUGACGCCUGCCUCGUCUUCUUCCUCGUCAUCUUCCUCCUCAUCUUCCACGUCCUCUGCCUCCUCCUCCUCCACCGUGACGACUGCAACGGCCGCCGACCCCCCCGCCCCACCUCCCCACCCUCAGGGCAUGACUUUCAAGAAGGAGCCGGCGGGGGGCUUCCCUCUCAGCGCCCCCUCCUCGGCCUCUGCCUCGCAGAGGAGCCCUUGGGGCUUCUUCCAGUCCCUGGUGAACAUCAAGCAGGAGAAGCCCAGUGACCAGGAGGAAGAGGACCACCACCACCAUCAUCACCACCACUAUGGGGGCCUGUUUGGGAUAGCCGGGGAGGAGCGGCACCCUACUCUUGGCGGCGGCACUGUCGGUGGCGGAGUGGAAGGGGCCAGCCCGAGUGUCAUCCAGGACCUCAGCCUUUUCCACCACUUGCACCACCAUCCCCACAGAGGAGAUUUGCUGCUGGGCAUCAGGACGGGUGGUGAGGUGGGGCCUGCUGGUUUGGAUGAGCCCAAGCAUGAUGCCCAGGCCAGAAAGAUGAAGAGGCCAAAGUCAGAAUCUCAGGGAAUCAAAGCCAAGCGGAAGCCGAGUGCUUCGUCCAAGCCCCUUGUGGCAGGAGAUGGAGAAGCUGCCAUGCUGUCCCCCAGCCAGAAACCUCAUGUCUGUGAACACUGCAGUGCUGCUUUUAGGAGCUCUUAUCAUCUGCGCAGGCAUGUGCUCAUCCAUACCGGUGAGAGGCCUUUCCAGUGUAGCCAGUGCAGCAUGGGUUUCAUUCAGAAGUAUUUACUACAGAGACACGAAAAGAUCCACAGCAGGGAGAAGCCGUUUGGGUGCGACCAGUGCAGUAUGAAGUUUAUCCAGAAGUAUCACAUGGAGAGACACAAGCGGACGCACAGCGGAGAAAAGCCAUACAAAUGUGAAACCUGUCAGCAGUAUUUUUCAAGAACUGAUAGACUGUUGAAGCACAGACGUACGUGUGGAGAAGCCAUAGGGAAAGCAGGUGCUGGAUUGGAUCCUGGGCCAUCAAACCAUAGCAUGGGCAACUUGUCUGUGUUGUCUCAGGGAAAUACAGGUUCAUCGAGGAGAAAAAGCAAAGCAAAAAGUAUAUCUACAGAAAACAAAGAACACAAACCGUGUCAUAAAAUAUCUGAGUCUCAGAUUGCAUCUAAUAUGACCUUGCAGAAUUAUGCGGUGGAGAUUCCUGUAGUGUCUUCCAGUAGUGGUUUAAUUGGCACUGGGAUAGAAGAGCUGCAGAAAAAGGUGCCAAAAUUAGUGUUUAAAAAGGGAAACAGGAAGGGUGCAGACAAGAGUUAUCUUAAUUUUGUGUCACCGUUACCAGACCUUCUUGGUCAAAAACAGUUGUCUGGAAAACCAGGUGGCUCUCUUGGCCUAGUUUCAAAUACCAGUAUAGAUGCUAUUGGUCUUCUCCAAGCUGCAGGUGGUAAACCAGGUCAAAUAAGUAGCAAUUAUGAUGAUGCCAUGCAAUUUUCAAAGAAAAGAAGAUAUUUGCAAACUGCCAGCAGUAACAGUGCCUUUUCUAUAAAUGUUGGGCAUAUGGCCUCCCAACCGUCUGUUAUUCAGUCUGCAGGUGUCAGUGUUAUGGACAGUGAAACCCCAUUAUCUCUUAUUGACUCAUCUCUAAAUGCUGACAUCAAAUCUUGUCAUGACAAAUCUGGUAUUCCUGAUGAAGUCUUGCAAAGUCUUCUAGAGCAGUAUGCUCACAAGUCAGAAGGCCAGAAGGAAGAUCCCUUCAGCAUUACUGAACAGCGAGUGGACUUGCAUGCCUCUGGAGAACAUACAGAGAUGGUUCAAGAAGAGAACCUGAGUCCUGGAACUCAGACUUCAAGUGACAAAGCAAGCAUGUUGCAAGAAUACUCAAAAUACCUCCAACAGGCUUUUGAAAGAUCAACCAAUAGCACUGGUUUUGCUUUUGGACCCAGCUUCCAAUUUGUAAGUUUGUCUUCAAGCCUUCAUAACCAUAGUUUGUUCCAGGACAAACAAAUAUACACUACAUCUCCACUUGAGUGUGGUUUCAGCCAAUCUGUUACCUCAGUGUUGCCAUCUGCAUUGCCAAAGCCUCCUUUUGGGAUGUUGCUUGGUUCUCAGCCUGGUUUUUAUUUAUCUGCUUUAGAGGCAACCCAUCAACAGUUGACUCCUUCACAAGAACUAGAUGAUCUGAUAGACUCUCAGAAAAACAUAGAUGCUUCAACAGGCUAUCAGUCUACAUCUCAAAAGUUGAAUAGCCAGAAGGAACAAAAAAACUUGGAAUCUUCAGCAAGCUUUCCAAUACCAUCUCAGGAGCUAGCUAACCAGAUAGAUCCUCAGAAGGACCUAGAGCAUAGAGCAACAUACCAGAUAGAGACCUUUGCACAAGCAUUUGGUUCUCAGUUUAAGACGGGCAGCAGGGUGCCAAUGACUUUUAUUGCUAACUCUAAUGGGGAAGUGGACCAUAGAGUAAGGACUUCAGUAUCAGAUUUCUCAGGGUAUACAAAUAUAAUGUCUGAUGUUAGUGAGCCAUGUAGUACAAGAGUAAAGACCCCAACUAGCCAAAGUUAUCGGUAAGGUUCCAAGGUGACUAGGCUUUGGGGUAGUCUUAAUGUAUUUCUUUUAUUUUGAUAACACUGCCAUUGGAAUGUUUCUAUGUGAUCCUAAUACAAAAUAAUGUAACACGCCCUUUCAAUGCAACUUUUCAUAUUUGGUUGGUGUUAAUGUAAUUUUAGAUCAGUUUGUAUUAUGGUUUUUAAUCAGAUCAAUAGACUUAAUAGUUUGCAUUUUUUUGUGUUCAUGUGACAGUGUUUAGCAAUCAAAUUUACAUAUUUAGAUUGUCAGGGAUUAGCCCAAAAGUUGAAAAUGCAAAAACAAAAAACAAACAAAAAAACUGUUCCUAGGAUUAAGGUUUAUUUUAACUGCUUUACUCUCAGGAAAAUGUAAUGAAGAAAGGAGAUUCUGUACCUGAUUAGUGUAUUAGAAUUUCCAAUUUACAAAUAAGUGGCAAAUCUGUUUCACCAUUUAAGAAAGGGAUCUAUGACAUUAUAAAAAUUGCUGUCUCAUAUCUAGGUGAUACAAAACUCUGAGAAAAUUGCUACCUACAGAUAGUUGUUGAUGUACUUUUUUUUCUUCCAGAUGAUGAUACUCAUUCCAGACUGGCGGGUAGAUAUUCUCAGAUCCUUGGUAUAAGCCUGGAAUGAUAGCUUUAAUUCAACCAAUAAUGUCCACCCUCAUUGUUUCUGAAUACUGUAAUUCUAUGAAGAGAUUUUAGUAGCAGAAUCCACAGAAGGAAUUUUAAAGUUGCAAUUUAAUGUCAUUGGAAUGCCAACCAAAAUUAGUCAUAAUUUAUGUACUUUUUUGGAUGAAUUAUUUAUUAUACAUGGUUGAAAAUAGCCUUCCUCAAUUGGUCUCCUGUCCUUUUCUUCCCUGUAUCUAAAUAUUCAUUAGCAUCUUAGGACUUUUACCUUUUAUCAGCUGUUAUUUCCCCCCACCAAGCUUAUCCUUCAUGUUCCGCAGUCCUUUCCGCUUCCUUUUAGUUUAACAGCUAGAAUUUUAAAGGAUAUACAUUCCAGAAGGUUACAUAACUUACAUUUUUUUUGAUGUCUUGUGGCAUCAAAAUUGAACAAUUAAAAAUAUUGGAAUGUCCCUUUACUUUAGAAGGCCAUGAAGGUUUCUAUAUAAUAAAACUGAUACACAUUUGUACAUAAAUACAGCCCCUAAUCUGCAUCAGGAUCUGCUAGCAUAGUUGUCGUUGUCCACAUGCAGCUUUUUUUUAAAAUGGGUUAAGAUUAUGUGUGGUUAUAAGGAUGUGCGGAAAAACACAUUUCAGUCUUGGGCCUAGGUUUCAGUUCCAUUCAGAGACUGGAUGUGUGAACCAUUUGACCAGUGUUGUGUGGUUUAUUGUCACCAGAACCUUUCCAAGAAACUUGCUCAAAUUCAUGUAUAUUUUAUGGUACAUUAUUUAUGAUAUCUGGAUUAGAGCCUGUGGAGCAAUGGAAAUCUACCAGGGGGAAAAAUGAUGGUUAUUUUAAAACUGCUAAAAAGCAGUUGCACUGCCCUGAACCACUUUUUUUGCAGAUUUUUUUUCUCUUUUGUUUUUUUAAAUGUAAUUUUGGUGACCUUUAUGCAGAUUUUCUUAUUUUUUAAUGUACUUUUGGUGAUGUUUCCGUCUUGUGUACUUUCUGAAGGCAGAAAAGUACCAGUGGUUAUUCACAGUCUUAUUGUGUAAUUGGCCUACUCUAGGCUUCCAUGUAUAAUAAAGUAUGAGUGUGAAACACUUCUGUUUGGAAGAUGGUGUUGCAAGAACUAUGAAACCUUAAAAAUUGUCACAAAUGGUCAACAUACCCAUUCUCUUUCUGUCUCUGCUCACCAAAUGAAUAGUAAUCUUUUUACUAAUGCAGAAUUAAUUAAAUCCAACUUCAAUAUAUUCAUUUGAUUAUGUAUUUCCUGUCCUUCAAAUUAGUGCUGUGAAUUUCCCCUGCCAUUUAGGCAUAGAGCACAAUUUGUCACCAAGGGAUGGAGUGUACCUUAACCACUGUGUAAUUCUGUUAAUUUUUGUGUGUGUGUGUUUGGGUGGGGGGUGAGUGUGUGUUCUACAGCAGUUAUAAUUUACUUUCUUUAUAUUGUGUGUACUGGAUAGUGUGUAUGUUCUGGGAUUGUUUGGUUUAGACUGUGACCAAUUUAAAAUUUUUAUUCAAAAAAAAUCUUAAGAAAUGGUGAUGCUGUUGUAUUACACUUCUGAAGGUUUUGUCAAAAAGAAAAAAAAUCCCUAAAAUGUUUUGAACUAAAUUGCUGGAACAAUAGAACAAUAAUAGAGUAUCUUGCUUGCUUUUAAAAGUAUUUUUUAUUGUAAAACUUCUUUAGGUGAACAAUAAAAAUGAUUUUUUCGUUGCUUUGA